GGGUAAGCAGUGGUGUGUGAGAGCCAGCCUGUCCUUGUGCCAGGCCACUGAGUGGCAGCUUCCUGGAGCAGCGUUUGUCCCUUCUGGAACCUCAGCCGAUUCUUCUCAGAACUUUCUGCCAAGAGUCUUGACUGAACAGGAGCCACCAUGCAGUGCUUCAGCUUCAUCAAGACCAUGAUGACCCUCUUCAAUAUGAUCAUCUUUCUGUGUGGUGCAGCUCUGUUAGCUGUGGGCAUCUGGGUGUCGGUCGAUGGGCCAUCCUUCCUGAAGAUCUUUGGGCCGCUGUCGUCCAGUGCCAUGCAGUUUGUCAACGUGGGCUACUUCCUCAUCGCGGCUGGUGCACUGCUCUUUGCUCUUGGUUUCCUGGGCUGCUACGGUGCUCAGUCUGAGAACAAGUGUGCUCUCAUGAUGUUCUUCUUCAUCCUCCUCCUCAUUUUCAUUGCUGAGAUUGCAGCUGCUGUGGUUGCCUUGGUGUACACAACAAUGGCUGAGCAAUUCCUGGCAUUGCUGGUAGUGCCUACCAUCAAGAAAGACUACGGUUACCAGAAUGACUUCACACAAGUGUGGAACUCUACCAUGGAAGGGCUCAAGUGCUGCGGCUUCAACAACUACACCGAUUUUGAGAACUCACGCUACUUAAAAGAGAAUGGUGUCAUUCCUCCAUUUUGUUGUAUCAACCCUCUCAACAGCACAGAAGAGGAACCAUGUACUUUGGAAAGAGCCCAAAACAUGAGUGUACAGGGUUGCUUCAAGCAGCUUUUGCAUGGCAUUCGAACCAAUGCAAUCACUGUGGGUGGUGUGGCAGCUGGAAUUGGAGGCCUGGAGCUGGCUGCCAUGAUUGUAUCCAUGUAUCUGUACUGCAAUCUGAAAUAAAUCUGCUUCUGCCUCUGCCACGGCUGCCGCCACAAUGGACUGGGAGGAGGCAUGUUGGAAAGCCAGGCAGAAUGGGGAUGAAAUCUCAGUGUCAUUCGGACUGGAGUGGGCCAGACUUUAUUGCUCCAGACUUGGGACUAAAUAGGAACCAACUCUUUCAGGCUGCGUAACUUUUUUUCCCCCCUCUGGUGGAGGGGCUAGGGCCCUGGGAGAAAGAAAGUCACCUUACAGCCUGGGUAUAUUCAAACUCAUGGGAGCCACAGUGUGGAUGUGGAUAAUACAAUUAAAAUGUUUCCAUUUG